AUGAAAUUAUGCGAUUCAACGAGUUCAACCAGUUCAAAUUUAAUCGAUUUAGAAAAUUUUACUGAUCAUCGUGAACUCUCAAUUACAAGCAAUAAAAAUAAUGCUGAUGCUAAUGAUGAUAGUGGUAAUAAUAAUAAUAAUAAUAAUAACAGCAACUCUAAUCAACAAAGUCGCCAGUGUGAAAUGUUUUCAUAUAGUGUAACAGUAUUUUUCUUAGCGUAUAAUUGGCAUUUUAAUAGUUCAGUCUACACAAUCAAUUCUCCGUGUAAAAAUGAUCUCGCUGAUUCUGUCUGUGUGAAAAGUCCUCUAUUGGAAGCAUUGCUCAGUGAAUCAAUAUCAUCUCGUCUAUUCCUUGAAAUAGUUAUUCAAACAUUCAAUCGUAAUUUCGACCCAACAUUUAUGGUGUCUUUUCUUCCGAAGCAUAAAAGUGAUGACAGAGAAAGUUGUCUAAUCCAAUGGGUUAACUUUUGUCAGUCCAAUAUACAUGACAGUUGCACUAAUGAUACAUCUACUGCCACUACAGCUAAAGAUUUAGAGGAGUUUUUAAAAAUAUUUGAAGCUAAUUCACGCGCUGACAAUAAUACUCAUGAUGAUUUAGAAUAUAUUGAAAGUCUGUGGAAUUCUAAUCUAGGCUGUCGUCGUCAAAGCGGCUCUUUAGAGCUGACUGACAACAAGCCAGUACUGUCUGAUCAUCAUGUCAAUUCAACAACUAUGCCUACAAAUACUGUAAUCAAAUUUCUUUGUGAUUUAUUCUACUCUCCGGAUAUUUCAGUGCUGAUCUAUCAUAAUGAUUUUGAAGUGAUUAUUGAAGUGAUAAAUCGACAAUUACGCGAUUUAGAACCUGAUUCUGAGGUAAGUUUUAUUCAAUGA